AUUAUUUAGGUCUAAUUUGUGAAAACAUUUGAUUUGUUUCCUUUUUUUUGUAGAAAUGAGUAAUUUAAGAUUACAAAAACGGCUUGCGUCAAAUAUAUUAAAAUGUGGCAAGCGAAAAGUUUGGUUAGAUCCCAAUGAAGUUAAUGAAAUAGCGAAUGCUAACUCAAGACAAAAUAUUAGAAAAUUAGUAAAAGAUGGUUUAAUAAUAAAAAGACCAGAGGCGAUUCAUUCAAGAGCUAGAGUGAGAAAAAAUAUAAUUGCCAGAAAAAAAGGACGACAUACGGGCCCUGGUAAAAGAAAAGGAACUGCUAAUGCAAGAAUGCCUGAAAAGGUUUUGUGGAUGAGGCGUAUUCGAGUAUUAAGAAGACUUUUAAAGAAAUAUCGCGAAGCUAAAAAGAUUGAUAGACAUUUGUAUCAUGCACUUUAUAUGAAAUGUAAAGGUAAUGUAUUUAAAAAUAAACGUACCCUUAUGGAAUAUAUACACAAGAAAAAGGCAGAAAAUACUAGAGCUAAACAAAUAAGUGAUCAAGCUGAAGCAAGAAGAACUAAAGUUAAGGAAUCAAGAAAGAGAAGGGAAGAACGAGUACUCACCAAAAAACAGGAUUUACUAAAAUCAAUUGAAAAAGAAGAAGAAAUUAAAAAAUAGUAUAAUAAAUGAAAUAUUCAUGACAUAUGUCAAUAUGAUAAAUAUAUAAUAAAUUAUAAUUAUUGUUCCUA